GCUUCUCAUGGGUAACUUCAAAAUCAAUGCCUCUGAUGCUCCCACCUUUAUCUUGACGGGCUUCCCAGGAAUGGAAACCAUGGAAUCCUGGCUAUCCUUCCCUCUUCUGAUGCUCUACACCAUCUCCAUUGUGGGAAACACCCUGAUCCUCCUCAUUGUUAAGGAGGAGCAGAGCUUGCACCAGCCCAUGUACUACUUUUUAUCUCUACUUUCAGUCAAUGACUUGGGAGUGUCCUUUUCCACAUUGCCGACCGUACUGGCUGCCCUCUGCUUCCAUGCCAGGGUGAUUGCCUUUAAUGCCUGCUUGGCCCAAAUGUUUUUCAUCCACCUCUUCUCUUGGACAGAGUCUGGCAUCCUUCUGGCUAUGAGCUUCGAUCGCUAUGUUGCCAUCUGCCACCCACUGCGCUAUGCUACAGUGCUCACUAAUGCCCGCAUUGUGGCAAUGGGACUGUGUGCUGUUCUCUGAAGCUUUGCCUUUAUCCUUGUCUUCCCACUGCUGCUGCACAGACUCCCCUUCUGCCACUCCCAGAACAUCCUCUCCCAUGCCAACUGCCUUCAUGUGGAUAUGAUUAAGCUGGCAUGUACUGAUGUCUCCCUCAAUAGCCACUAUGGGCUGUCCAUUGUGCUAUUCACCUUUGGCCUGGACUCUGCACUCAUUCUCAUCUCCUAUGUACUAAUCUUGCGAUCAGUGCUUGCCAUUGCCUCCGGAGAAAAGCGCAUCAAGACACUGAACACAUGUGUGUCCCACAUCCUAGCUGUGCUCAUCUUCUAUGUGCCCAUGGUAAGUGUGUCCAUUGUGCAUCGUUUUGGGGCCGGCCUGCCCCAUGCUGUCUAUAUCCUCAUGUCUAUUCUCUACCUCUUUGUGCCUCCCAUGCUCAAUCCUAUCAUCUACUCCAUUAAGACAAAGGAGAUACGUCGCAGGCUCCUCAAGAUGCUCUUUAGGGUUAAGUCCUGAGUCUUUGGUAGAGCUGAAAACUGUGAAGGAUUUUGUCUUGGAGGUAUAACCAUCCAGACACCAUUGGAAGAGAGGAUCAG